AUCCUGGCUUACAGGAGUUGCAAUGACGGGUAUGUGUGGCCGGCAUUUGAAAAAAAAGGUUGCCUCAUGGCCCGCCUGAGCCCUUGCGAAGACCUGCUCAGUGAUCAGCCUCCCACGAUACUAACCCUUAGGCAAUAACUUAAAAUGGCAAUGUAUAAGAUUAGAUAAAUAAAUCUUCCCAGUUCCUAUACAUACUUAUGAUCCUUUUAAACAGAACCACUGACGAAUUCACAGAGAAAUAUCACAAUUCGUCAAUUCAUGCUUCACAAUCUUCACAUGCACCUUCCGCCUUAAUUAUGUUUUAUUAUAUUAUUAAACGUGUAACGGCAAGGUCACUCCAAAACACGUCUAAUCAUUUGAGCCGACCCCACUAGUUUUGGGUGACCAAACCUGACGCACUACUUUGAUUGCAUAAAAUAUUUAAUCUAAACCGGCUCACAGCGAUUAUUUCGGAUCUAAUAUGUAGUAGAGUUGUGAUACAGUUGUUUCGUUAAUGUGUCGUCUAUUGUUUUCGAGAUGACGUGUCAAAAUAAUUACCAUUUAGGACACAUGCUCUUGGAUCACAUGAGGAGUCGACCAGAUGCGAUUUGUCAGAUAGACGCGGCUACAGGCAAGUCGGAGACGAACGCGUCGGUGUUGUCGCGCGCGGUGCGGCUGGCGCGCUGCCUGCGCCGACUGGGGGCGCAGCCCGGAGACCUGCUGGCGCUGCACGGCCGCAACCACCUCGACCUGCUCAUACCCUUCUACGCGGCACUCUUCAAUGGCCUGACAGUAUUUGGUGUAGACCCGACCUACAAAUUCGAAGAAAUAAAAAAUGCAUUCAGAUUGACGACGCCUAAGGUAGCAUUUUGCCAGUGCGAGCAUGUACUAGAUGCAGUCACUGAACUGGGUCUGGAUACGAAGGUCGUGACCUUCAGCGAAGGGGCGCUGUCCAUGCAGAACUUUAUCAGGGAGUACGAUGACAACGGAUCUGAGAAGGAUUUUCGGCCAGCAGAAUUCGACGUGAAUAAGAUCUACGUAUGUUUGAUCACAACAAGCGGGACGACGGGUGCACCAAAACUGACUGCUCAUAAACAAAAGUUCUGGAUCGAAAAGCUGCAACGACUUAGGCCCAUGGUCGUUAAAGACGAAAAUGCCAGGGAAAACCGGCCAGCAUUGAGCCUGAAUCCUGUGCAAUGGAUAUCAGCCUUCUACAAUGCUAUUAGCAUGCCGCUGUUCAACGUGUGCAUUAUCAAGACCUCUCUUUACCCCACAGCGGACCAUAUCAUCGACAUCAUUAAUGAAUAUCGGCCAGUCCAAGGAAUAUUCUGUCCAAACAUGAUGACUUCGAUAUUGAAAUCUGAAAAGACGUGCGACUUGACUUGCUUUGAUAUGAUUGGAGUUAGUGGAAUGAAAGUCCAUAAGGGUAUCAUUAGCGAAUUAAGGAAACGUACACGUAAAGAUGCCUGUGCAGUGGAGCUGUACGCACUAACUGAAACUUUGGGCGAAGUCUUUUCACUGAACCUGGAUGGUCCUAUCGGGAGCGCCGGGAAACCUAACUCAGUACAUCAACUUAAGCUGGUGGACCCGGACACCGAGGUUGAAAUAACGGAGCCAAAUACACCGGGACACUUAUUGAUAAAAGGACCCUUAUUUGUUGAGUACUACAAAAACCCUGAGCAGACCGCGGCAGCGUUUACAAGCGACGGCUGGUACAAAUCAGGAGACUUGUUCUAUAGAGACAAAGAUAAUAACUACUUCUUUGUUGAACGAAUCGGAAUGCUCAUCAGAUAUAGGAACCAUUUUAUAGUACCAGUGGAACUCGUGGAGGUCAUCAGACAACACCCUGGCGUACUUGACGUGAGUGUGACGUACGUGACUCAUCGAUUCGAUGGAGAACACCCUGUAGCGUGCGUCGUGCGACGACCGGGAUAUGACGUUACAGCACACGAAAUUAAAGAACUUGUUGCGAAUAAGCUGUCUUAUCACAAACGAUUAAGAGGAGGCGUCAUAUUUAUGAAUAGACUUCCGAGAACAUCGACGGGGAAGGAAGCUCGCGCGAAACUACAACAAAUUGCAAGGGUUGGCCAUAGAGAAUAAACACUUUGUUAAUUUUUUC